CUCCGGGCACGCGCCCGGACUUUCGUCGGUGGGCGCCAAACCCCGCGGUCAGCUACGCGCGGGCUGCCGCUCUCCGCGUUCGGGUUCCGAGUCAGAACCCCGGAGGAUUCGAAAGCGCGGGCGGGGGGCGCGGAAGGGAUUCCACCUUGAAAACCUCGGGAGACUGUGGGGUACGAGAGGGGUUUGUGGCAAAAAAAAAAAAAAAAAAAAAGAGGGUAAGCGCGUGAAGAAUCUGAGGGGAAACCAAGGGUCCGUUUCUUUGGUGGCGCUUGGCGGUCGCCGCUGGGCCCCGGGCUCGUGACUUUGUGCGGCCAGUCCCCGCCCUGGGAGGGAACCGGAGGUGCGGAAAAUGCCCGCGGGCGGCGCGGGGGUUUGGCCCUAACCCUGCUUUAAGAUCCAGCCCUUCAGCCCAUCAGUGGCCACUCGAGAAAGAACCAUCUUUUCGUUUUACGGAGGGGGAGAAGACACGGACGAUUUUUGUUUUUUUUUUCCUUCCAUGAGCACAGCCAGUGCGGAAUUUGUGGUGGUCAUAUACAUGAUUUACCUAUCCGGGGACAGUGUUCCAGAAGAUUCCUUUUACGUGGUCUCCUCUUUACCUCAGCUAUUUUGCUGUUUAGAGGUAUUAGGUGACAGCCGUCAUACCUCUCUCUCCCUUCGUGGUUUGUUCCCCUUCUGCUGGACCCCACGCGUGACUCUGAUGUGAAGCCAGAAAAUGAUGUGAAGACCAAGAAAACGGAUUGCUUGGGCUGCACUUUAGUCUACAGUCAUGCCCUGUAGAUUCCUGAGAUCUUGGAACGAACGCCACAGCGUUAGAGACUCCAUGUAGCUGCUUAUUGGUAUCCUAAUGUUGGGUAUCCACCAUAAUUGUACAUCUUAAAAAUAAUUAUGAAGCUAGCAAAUACUAUAAAGCAAAAUGUGCCUAAUGUCUUAUGAAAGAAAUCUAUUGCGAGAGAUCCCGUUCAUAAUUAGGAAGCGGGAAGGUGUUCAUCAUCCCUGAGAAAAAUAGAAUGUAUUGACCGAGGGUAGACUAAGUUCUCGGAGCCAGGGAAGAUUCAGGAAGAACGACAUAAGGUCAACAUUCCCAGAGCAUUGUGAGCACAAACCUGAAAGGUUAAGUCGCAAUGUGCAAUACUAACUAGCAACCCAAGACGCACCAAAAAGGCAUUAUCAGACAGUCCUGAUAUCUGUGCUAUAGGAAAUCAAAAGAUGAGGAAAAAGUUACCAGUUUUGAGGAAAAAGAGAAGAAACCAAGUCCCCCACCCUCACAUAAUGUCAGGGGCCCAGUGAAAAGAGUCAAGGUGCCCAGCGAAAAGAUGGGCCAGCCCAGUCAUUCCAAACCAAAUGUUUCCCUAAUUGCUUUUCUGGUCCCUGGCGACUUUGAAAUGAAGUCAAGGAGGCCUCCGGGCAAAGGCCCUUGUACUGUCUGAUCUAUGACCGCUUCUUGAAUAAUAUUUCUUUUUUUUCCCAGAACUGAUUCUUUUUUCUGCUUGCUCACCUUUCAAUAUGAAGGAGGAUCAAGUUGUGCUGGAAGAACCAGGAUUCCAAGAUGAAGAGGAAUCUUUGUUUCAAGACAUUGACCUGUUACAAAAACAUGGGAUUAAUGUGGCUGACAUUAAAAAACUGAAGUCAGUAGGAAUCUGCACCAUCAAAGGGAUACAAAUGACAACAAGAAGGGCACUAUGCAAUGUCAAAGGGCUCUCAGAAGCAAAAGUGGACAAGAUUAAAGAGGCAGCCAACAAACUUAUUGAACCAGGAUUCUUGACUGCCUUUGAGUAUAGUGAGAAGAGAAAGAUGGUUUUCCAUAUUACCACUGGGAGCCAGGAAUUUGAUAAGUUGCUAGGAGGUGGAAUUGAAAGCAUGGCAAUCACAGAAGCUUUUGGAGAAUUUCGUACUGGAAAAACCCAGCUCUCUCAUACCCUCUGUGUGACAGCUCAACUUCCAGGAGCAGGUGGCUACUCAGGAGGAAAGAUUAUCUUCAUUGAUACAGAAAAUACUUUCCGUCCAGAUCGUCUUCGGGAUAUUGCUGACCGCUUCAAUGUAGACCAUGAUGCAGUACUGGACAAUGUACUUUAUGCACGUGCAUAUACUAGUGAACAUCAGAUGGAGCUACUUGAUUAUGUAGCAGCAAAGUUCCACGAAGAGGCUGGCAUCUUCAAGCUAUUGAUCAUUGAUUCAAUAAUGGCCCUUUUCCGAGUGGAUUUCAGCGGUCGUGGGGAGUUGGCUGAACGGCAACAAAAAUUGGCCCAGAUGUUGUCACGACUCCAAAAAAUCUCAGAAGAAUAUAAUGUGGCUGUGUUUGUGACCAAUCAAAUGACUGCUGAUCCAGGAGCAACUAUGACUUUUCAGGCAGACCCCAAAAAACCCAUCGGGGGACACAUUCUGGCUCAUGCUUCAACAACAAGAAUAAGCUUAAGAAAAGGAAGAGGAGAACUCAGAAUUGCCAAGAUUUAUGACAGGAACCAAUACAAUUUUAUAACCAGAUCAAAGAAAAAAUCAAAUGAGCACACAUAUGGAGCCAAAUGAGGAAUGCUAACAUGAAUUAUAAAUUGAUCAAAAGCAGCCCCGAGAUGCCUGAAAAUGAAGCCACCUUCGCAAUAACUGCUGGAGGAAUUGGGGAUGCCAAGGAGUAGGUGGCAAAUUGAUGCAAAUUGCUUCUUAGUGCUUAUUAGGAGCUAAAGAAAUGGCAAAGCAGUCUCCAAUUUCAGGUCUCGAAGUAAGAGUUUGUUUUUUUCAUGUGUUAUUGUUAAAGGAAAGUCAGCAAAAGAAAUUUAAAUCUUACAUUUACGCUAAAAGUCUCUGAUGUGUAAUAACUAUACACUGAAUGUCAAUUCAGGAAUAUACAUAAACUAUUGAAAUAUAUAUAAACCUAUUGAAAACCGGAAGGGAUAACUGAUCCCCUCGCUUUAGUGUCCAAAUGAGACACUAAACAGAUGGAAAACCUGAGUUCGAAAAUGUCCCAUUCCCUCCUGAACACUUAACAGAGAUAGAUACACUUCCAAAGGAGGGAACCAUUUAAGGAAGGAAUGUUUACAGGACACACAAAAAAGUUUUUGUUGUAUUUACAGCAUUAAAUUGUAUAUUCACCUUUAGCAACAGAAAAGAAAUAUUAAACUAAAUUUUAAACCAUUUGGCUUUUUGACAAGUUGAAAUUACUUUUAAAAAACGUGUUUUUUAAUUUUUUUAUUUUUUACAAACAUUUUUUAUUGGGAAGAUAAAGAGGACGGUAACUAGGAACUUUAUAGUUCGGGGUAAUCAAUAGUGCAUGAGUUUUAUAUUUUAAGUUUGGGGUAGAGAAUUCAAAAUAUUAAAAAGAUACAUUAAAGUUAAUUUCAUGUAAAAUUUCUGAGUACUAAUUUUAGAAAUGUACAAAAAAAUAUUGUUUUUCUGUGACACAAAAAUAAAAUGUAGUUUUCAAAAUGAAUGUAUGAUUAAAAGUAUUUA